AUGAGCAGCGGAAACUCCACCGCGCUUUUGAAGAUUUCCGGUUUGCCGGAACCCGGAGAAGCGCUGAGAGCUAUUCUGAUCGGAUCGAUUCCAACCUUUCAGCAGAGAAAGAGAGCUUCUUCCAACGUUAAAAAGAAAAAGAAGGAAAAGACAAAAUCGUCAUCCUCUCCAAACGACGAUAAAGAAAGGGUCGACGACGCACAAAAAAAUCAUCCUCAACGUUCUACUUUUAGUACUAUUGAAGAAGAAGAAGAAGAAGAAGAAGAAGAAGAAGAAGACAAAGAAGAAGAAGAAGAAGCGCUCGUGUUAGAGUUCCAAUGGUUUCGAACGACGAAAGGAGACGAGAGCGAGGAAAACCUCGCGAUCGUCGGCGCUACUGCUCCGAUUUAUCUUGUGAGGAAGGUUGAUGUGGGUUGCCACAUUAAAGCCGUCGCGACUUUGCGCUCGCAGUCGAGAGAAGGGAUUGUUUUAGCCACGUUCACGGGAGAACUGGAAGCCGAAAUAAAAGACGGCGAUCUUCACCGAGGGAAAAAGAAAGUGAAAAAAGGAGGGAAAGCGUUUCUGGCUUCAAUAUCUUCGCCGUCGGAAAAGAAGGCCCUCGAGGACUCGUCUUCCUCCUCGAGGACGACGACGACGACUCGGACGGCAACCGCGACGCCGCCGACAACGAAUGACUUUUCGAGCGGAAAAUCGAGCGCAGUCGAUGCUUCAAUGGAUCGAACGAUGAGUAACAGCGCUGAUGCCACGACAAAGACAACUUCGAAGACGAUUAAAGCUUCUUCAGAUGAAACUCUUUUGAAGAAAAAACGCGACUACGACGACUAUAUCGACGAAUUAUUAUAUGAUUCUAACGAUUCUUCGCAAGAAGAUGACUACGGCGACUCUAGCACAUACGUUGACGUUCUGCAAAAACUCAAGGCUUACGCGCGAUUGCGCAUCCGACACAUGGGUCAUUUUUCCAAGCUCUUGAGUUUUGCCGCGUUUGUAACUUUGUAUUGCGCCAUGCUGUAUUUACAAACUGAGCCUGUUCUAAGUUACGAGGUUACAUCUUCAGUAUCUGGUCUCUUAAAGCCAAGGAUCAAGCAAACGCAAGACAUAUACUACAUGUACGAUUGGUUAUCCGAGAGCGUCGUUGACUCGAUUUGGACUGAUAUACCGUGCGGCGACGGCAUUUGCCAAGCGCCUUACGAGUUUCCCGCUUUUGGAAGAUUUGGUUGUAAAGCGGAUUGCGGCGUGGCGAUAAAUUUAAUAUCGCUCGUUAUUCACAUUCAAACUAAGUUUGGAAACUCUCCGGCACUGAGUGCUUUGGAACUCAUGUCGCAAGUGACUUGGAAUUUAUGCUUGCAAGACCCGGGCCGAGUCGCGAACGAUUUGCCUGAUUUGUGUUGGUACGAAAAAGAUCAAAAAUUUACCGAAGUGAAUACGAAUACGCUCAUUCGAUUGAACGUCAUCAGUGGUAACUGGCACUUUCGUCUGCGAGGCGAUCAUCUAGGUUUAGUCGCGGGUAAGAUUUAUCGGCUCGAAGAGAACGGUGACUUGGUCUUGACACCGACGGUUCCUUUGUGGCUGACUUGCACGAAGAACUCCUUGUUCAAAAACGUCAAAGCGAGGAUCUCAAAGACAACUUCUUCGAAUUCCGAAGGAAGGUUGUCAUCGAGAAUUUCUAAAUCUGAUUUCAUGAGCGCGGACGAAAGCGUUCGCGCGGCGCCGCGAAGGCAGUUAGAAACUCGCUCAUCCUCUCUCGACUCGACUUUCGACGAGAGAAGCGGAGCACAAAAUGCGACGCGACCGCGAUCUUCUUCUCACGACGAAAACGAAAACGACGAAUUGUUUAUUCAACAAGGAACCACAAAGAUAGAGAAGAAGAAGAAGAUUAUGAUGAUGACGGAUGGAGAAACACGAGAUUUUAUAGCGGAGAACAUAGCGAGGAAGCGCGAAGGAAAGCGAAUGAUGGUCGAGAAGAAAAACGAAGAAAAUUUCGCUUCUUCGCUUUCAAAAUCUAGCUGGGAAGUCACGAACUCCAAUUUUCAUGACGCGAUAUCUGAAUGCUUGUCAAUGAACGAAGCUUCGCAUCGAGAAGAUGGCUUGUGCGAGAAAGGGAUAUUCGGUGCGAUGCCGGAUUGGGACACGCGUCUCGUGACGAAUAUGGUCUCGGCGUUUCGGGAUCGCUCCGAUUUCAACGCGGAUAUUUCUCGCUGGGAUGUUUCGCAAGUCACGGACAUGGAAAGCAUGUUUGCCUCGUCUUCAAAUUUUAAUCGAGACAUUUCGAGAUGGGACACCUCAAAAGUAAAGGAUAUGCGAUGGAUGUUUCACAAUGCGACGAAUUUCGAUCAAAAUAUUUACAACUGGAGCGGAUAUGCGGCAACUUCUCCGCAAUCAAAAAUGUUCGCCGGCGCUGACGCUUUCAACGAAAAAUUUGCAUGCAUCGUCAAAAAUCAAGUGAGCUCGUGUAAAAUCAGCUCUAAAACACGCGAUGCAAACUUAUUGGAGAAGAAAAUGAAUUCAUCCGAGCAGAGCUCCUUCAUUACCGCGGUGUAUAUAAUGGUGACAUUCAUUUGA